AUGCUCCGCGCGGACAAUCUCCGGUCAAUCAGUCAGCGAUGGCCGUGUCGAGAGGUCCAGACCAGGCAGCUCGCCUGUCUUCUUGGACCUGGGAUAUCUAGUCCUUCUACUGUUGUCGUCCACGGUAUCUCCGCAACAUGCAAGUCAACUAUCGUCCGCGCCGUCCUCUCCGCCCUUGCGGUGCCGCACGCCAUUGUUCGGAGCACUGAGUGUAUCACGGGUCGCCAUCUGCUGACGAAGAUUCUUUGGGCGACGCUGGAGGCACUAGGGCUCAAGGAUGAGUGGGAGAAGUUUGGAAAGGGCCGGUGUGAGCAUGUUAGUACGCUCGCGGUGCUACUUGCCGAGUGCCUCGCUUCGAAUGCCGGGAAGAAGACAGAGAAGUUCGUGCUUGUGCUGGAUGAGAUUGAUAGGCAGCGGGAGGCGCCACACACGCUUCUUGCUGCACUGGCGAGGCUUGGGGAGGUGAUCCCCUCACUAUGUGUCGUGCUGAUCCUCAGCUCGACGCCGCGGCCUCUCUUCUUGCAGUCUGCUGCGGUCCCGCACAUCAGCUUCCCUCCGUACACGCGCAAAGAAGCCACUGCCAUCAUCCUGAACUCCGAAUCACCACCAGUUUACGGACUCCCGCAGGAAACCGCCGCGAAGCUAUACCCCCAUUUCGUAUCGGCCGUGUACGACUCGCUGGUCGGGCCCACGGCCAGCUCGAUACCUAUCUUCCGGUCAAUAUGCGAGAAACUCUGGCCGCAAUUCGUCUCGCCAAUCGUCGCCGGCGAGACGGCCCCGGGAGGCAAUGAAUGGGACUUCUCCCGGCUGCUGGUUAAGAACCGCGCGCUGUUCCGCCAGCAAGGCGAAGCAGCGCUGGUGCACCACAUCGUCACCGAGGACUCCGCCCCCACGACCAACGGCUUCGGCUCCAGCCUCAAACCCUCGCUGACCGCAGCGUCUGCCCCCUCCCCUCUCCCUUCCCUCCCCUACUUCCCUACUCUAAUCCUCACCUCCGCCUACCUCGCCUCGCACACCCCUCAACGCCUCGACACAAUCUUCUUCUCCAAAUUCUCCUCGUCCUCGCUAUCGGCCCGCAACAAGCGCGCCCAUCACAGACGACGCUUGAAACUCCUCUCGCAGGCGCAGGCCGAAGACGCCCGAGCAGCCCGCCAAGACCCCUCCACCCCAGGCAAGAAGGGCAAGAGGCAGAAGACGCGCAUCACAAAGUCCACGCUCGAGUCCGCCUUCGCUACCACCUCCGCUACUACCUCCGGCGGCGCCCCCGGUAUCACCGGCCCGUCUACAAUUCUCACUGCCCGUCCGUUUCCCCUGGAGCGCUUGAUCGCCAUCUACCACGCUAUCGAUCCUAAUCCUCCUGCAAACCCUAUCCGUAUGACGGCUGUUGCUGACGCGAUAUACGCGGAGCUGGCUACGCUCCGGCGUCUGCGGCUGGUCGUGCCUGCGGCGGGCCGGGACAGUUCUAGUCGCAUGGGGGCUGCGGCUGGGGGCUCGGGCAGCGGUAAUACGACCUCUGACGCUGGUGAGAAAUGGUGUGUUACUGUCUCCGGCGAUUGGAUUGGGGAGAUGGCCAAGGGGAUCGGAGUGGAAGUUGGAGAAUGGCUAGCAGGUGGAUUGGACUGA